UUGGAGGAGCCUGCUGGUUAUGUGCUAUCUGCCCCGCAGCUUUCGCUCAAACACUAACACACCAAUUCAGGGCUGCCCUCGAUCAGUUCAUUCUCCCAGUUUCUCAAUCUCUCUUCUGGAUAACAUUUCAGACUUAUCCCCUCCCAAAAGCCUUCCAUCUCUUUCUCUCUCUCUCUCUUCUGAAUAUACAUCACUGGCUGGAAUUAUUUUGUUUUCACCUAAUGGGUUUCUUCAAUUGUGGCCUUCUUUCGCAUGCUUCAAACGUUGGUAAAUAGUUGGGGAAUAAUAUAUUGGUUUGUGCGUCGCUUCUGGCUGGGAAGAACUUAAUUGUGUUGAUAUCUAUGGACUAUAGGAGAGAACUGGAAGGUAAGAGAGCUCAUGAUCAUCGGUAUAACAGUAAGAUGAUAAGUAAGAAGCCGUGCGUAUGGGUGCAGGGGCCGAUCAUAGUGGGGGCGGGGCCGUCGGGGCUGGCGGCGGCGGCGUGUUUGAAGGAGAAAGGGGUGGCGCCAGGGGUGGUGCUGGAGAGAUCCAAUUGCAUAGCCUCUUUGUGGCAGCUCAAAACCUACAACCGCCUCCGCCUCCACCUCCCAAAACACUUCUGCGAGCUCCCACUCAUGCCCUUCAAGGCGACUCUCCCGACAUACCCGACCAAACAACAGUUCAUUAAGUACCUAGAGGACUACGCCGGCCAGUUCGACAUCCGGCCGGUUUUCAACAGCACCGUCCGGUCGGCGGAGUUCGACCGGAGCGCCGGGUUUUGGCGGGUGAAGACGACGCUGACGACGAAAACAACGACGGGAAAUAAUAAAGAAGAAGAAGAAGAGGAAACAGAAGUUGAGUACAUCUCCCGGUGGGUGAUCGCGGCGACUGGGGAGAAUGCGGAGGCGGUGAUUCCGGCGAUCGACGGAAUGGAGGAGUUUUCCGGGCAGAUUAUCCACACGAGUUUAUACAAAAGCGGGGAUGUUUUUAGGGGAAAGAGGGUUUUGGUGGUGGGGUGUGGGAAUUCGGGAAUGGAGGUGUGUUUGGAUCUCUGCAAUCAUAAUGCCACCCCUUCACUAGUGGUCCGAGAUACAGUGCACGUCCUACCACGAGAGAUGCUGGGAAGAUCAACUUUCGGGCUGUCCAUGUGGUUACUCAAGUGGUUACCCAUACGACUUGUCGACCGGUUCUUGUUGGCCGUUUCCUGGCUAAUGCUCGGCGACACGGCGCAGUUCGGGCUCGACCGCCCGCAGAUGGGCCCGCUCGAGCUCAAGAACCUGUCCGGGAAGACGCCGGUCCUCGACGUCGGUACACUGGCCAAGAUCAAAAGUGGAGACAUCAAGGUAUACCCCGGCAUUCAAAGAUUAAAGCGCCACACAGUUGAAUUUGAGAAUGGUAAAGAUGAACAUUUUGAUGCAAUAAUCUUAGCAACCGGUUACAAAAGCAAUGUGCCCUCUUGGCUAAAGGAAAGAGAGAUGUUCUCGGAGAAAGAUGGUUUACCUAAAAGGCCAUUUCCGAAUGGUUGGAAGGGAGAAUGUGGGCUAUAUGCCGUGGGGUUCACAAAGCGUGGAUUGCUAGGUGCAUCCAUGGAUGCCAAAAGAAUUGCUGAGGACAUCAAAGAAUAUGAAUUGAAGCUAAACAUCAUCUGACGACCAUUCCUCCUCGUUAACCUACGAUGACGAAAA